AGACACACAAUCACAGCUGUCUACAGCUGUCACAAGUAAAUAAAUAAAAACGUAGAAAAUACGUAAAUAAAAAACAUUUUGUUGUUAAUUUUUAAUAUAAAACAAUAAUUAAUUUAAUAUAAUAAAAAUGUCAGAAGCAUCAGGGUCUGUUGAAAAAACAGCUUCUCAGAAAACAGUUGAAAGAAUUCUUAAGCUUCGUGAUUUACAUGCAAAAAGGAAUGAAGCUAGAGCACAAAAUCACCUAGAAGUUCUUGAAGAGGAUAAAAGAAAAAACUUACCAACAAAUUGGGAGUCAAGAAAACGACAAGCUGAAUGGAUUAUGAAAGAUGAAGCUGCAAGAAAAGAAGCAGAAGAAAAAGGUUUAAAUUAUGAAAGACAACAGUUGUUAAAUCUUGAUGCAACUGAAGCUGAACGUAUUGCACGUAAAAAAAAUAAAAAAAAUCCAGAUACUGGUUUUGCUGAUUAUGAACAAGCAACAAUAAGACAAUACACUAGAUUAGUGAGAGGUAUAAAACCAGACAUGGAAAAAUAUGAAGAAGAAAAAGCAAAACUUGGUCCAGCUUUUUAUGGUGAUAAAAAUACAAUACUUCAUGGUUUAAAUCCAGAUAAAAAAGAUGCUAUUGAUAGAAUGGUUGAUGAUCUUGAAAAACAAGUUGCAAGACGUGAAAAAUACAGCAGAAGGAGAACUCACAAUGACGAUGCUGAUAUUGAUUACAUCAAUGAAAGAAAUGCUAAAUUUAACAGCAAGCUUGAAAGAUUUUAUGGAGAACAUACGAGAGAAACAAAACUCAAUUUGGAAAGAGGAACAGCUAUUUAAAAUUUCCUCAAAGAAUUUAGGUUUUCAUUGGCAUGUUGAUAAACUUCAAACAACCCAACUGUGUACAGUACCUAAAAUAAUAAUAAUAGUUAUAAUUUAAACUAUUUUAUUAAAUAAUAUCAAAU